AGCCACCAAGUGAACAGCAUUAUUGUUAUACCCAAAAAGCAAAAAAACAAUGGCCCAACGUAUCCAUCAGGAAGACACAACUUAAGACACAGCAACAUCAAUAUACAGGAGGACAAGCACUGCUAGCAUAUCGACGUGAACUGCACAUCAUGAAAACCAACAAACUAAACCUUGACAGUACAACAUUUUAUAUUGGUGAUGAGUGUAAUCAUAUACUGUCCGUGGCUGAGCAUGUUGAUGAGAAACAACAUGAAAAAGAAAGAGAAAAGAAUGAGAGAGACGAUCAAGAAAUUGAUAUUGUGGAGAAGCUUGUGGAAGUUGGAGGACUUAAAGUAGAGAAGAAAGCAAAAAAAGAUGUCUUCGUUGAUGUUGAUUCCGGGGAGAGCCAAAUGGCACAGCUUGCUGUUGGUUCUGUGGACAAUAUUGUUGCACAUGCAAAGGUGUAUGGAUUCUCCCGGAUGGAGGACCUCACCCUACAUGGUGAAAAACUGGAUGAAGAAUAUGCAAAGGUGUCCAUUACAGAAGCAAUAAAAGAUGUUGACAUUCCAGUCCCAAUCCCCGGUGAAAGCAAUUUAAAAACUGUCAAAAAGAAAAAGGCCCUUAAACGAUUGAAAAAGGCAAAUGUUCAAGACGAUGAGGAAUGUGGCCAAGAGUUCCAAGUAGAAUUUGGUUCUAAGUAUCCACUGCAGUUGAAACGGCUAUGGUUGUGGGCUAAGGAAGCAUUGUCUGAUGAUAGAGCACAUCCUUUUGUCCUUAAUAAAGAUGCCUUUGGGGUGGAAAAGAAGUUAUCAAUUUUUCUAAGUGAUAUACAUGCUCUGUGCGCUCGUGGCGAGAUGGCUGGAAGCAUAAUUACAAUAUACAUCCAGAAUCAUUGGGCUUUGACUGUUGUCAAACCUAAUGAAGAGGUAGUGUACUACAUGGACCCCCUUAAACGGCGCAUAGAUAGUCAGGAGUGGACUAAAGUGGUUGAUAAUGCUAUAGUUUUGUACAAGAGUACCAUGAACACACCUAUGUUGAAGAAGAAAGUGUCCUGGGAGAACAUGGCGAUAUUCAAACUAUUGACAUUUGGUGUUGUGCCUCAACCAUUCGAAGUACUGUAUUUGGUGGAUAACCAUGUUUUUUGCAUUCUAAUACAGUGGUCGUUCAAUAAUUCAUACAACAGAAAGACGGAUCAAGAAAGACUGAUCAAGAAAUGAAAUAUAAAUUCCCAAUACAUGAUUCAACAAUCUAACACAAUAAAACAUACAACCAAAGUCCAGGGGUAGAACCAUUCAAAUGGCAUUAUGACUCAUAAAAUACUUCGCAAAUUCAACCUUUGUUUGAUUGAUGUCAUCCUCGGUGUAUUCCAGAUUUCCCCGAUGCGCCCACUGAAAAUCGUAGGAAAAAACCAAAUAUCUAAUAAGCCAAUCAUAGAAAUGAUGAAGUAAAUAUAGGAUGCAACACAUAAGAACUGAUUUGUAUGAAGGCAUUAUCCGUGAUGACUAGCACUAAAGAACUGACCAAUAA